AAAAUUAUCACCGAAAACGGCCCACCUUUUACAAGCUAUGAGAUUCAGAAGUUUAUGAAUGAUAAUAAGAUCCAUCAUCAUAAGAUAACACCACUCUGGCCUCAAGGCAAUGCAGAGGCUGAGAACUUCAUGAAACCUUUGAAGAAAUGCAUCCAAGCUGCUCAUGUUGAUCAUAAAAACUGGCGCAAAGAAAUGUAUCAAUUCUUAUUAAACUACAGAUCCACUCCACAUUCAACAACUACGGUUCCACCAGCUAUUGCUAUGUUUGGACGUUCCAUUUGCAAUAAGUUACCGUCAGUUACUGAAACACUCCCGGACAUGAAGUAUAUCAACGAAACAAUAGAUACCGCUGAUCAGAAUACCAAGUGUAAACGCAAUGAAUAUGCUGACAAACGACGACAUGCUCGAAUACCUCAACUCGCUGUUGGAGAUUGUGUUUUAGUGCGGCAAGAGAAACAGAAUAAGUUGACACCACAUUUUGACCCAAAUCCAUAUACCAUAACAGCUGUAAAAGGAACCAUGAUUACGGCUACGAGAGCUGGUCAUUGCAUAACUCGGAACAGUUCACAUUUCAAGUUAUUCACGGGAGGUGCUACAAAUCAAGGGAGAAACAAAUGA